AUGGACUUCUUCCGGAUGCCCGACGGGAACUGUCUGCGGUCGCACGUUAACGAGACGGAAACACUCGAUGCUCUCUCCAUGAUUACCAAAGCCGGCGCGCCAUCGAACAAGGUUGUGGUCGGAGUGGCCAGCUACGGCCGCUCGUUCAAGAUGGCUGAGAAGGAUUGCUCGAUGGAGAAUUGUUUGUUUACGGGAUCCUCCCGCCAUUCCGACGCGACGGAAGGACGCUGCACGCGUACGGCGGGCUACAUUUCUAACGCAGAGAUCAAUGAGAUCAUUGCAACGGGUAACGUCCGGAAGUUGUGGGCAUUGGAAGGUACAAACUUCUUGGUUUACAAUGACACGGAAUGGGUGGCCUUCAUGGAUGAUGACAUGAAGGCCACGAGGGCACGGGUGUACGACUCGUACAACUUUGCUGGAACGACGGACUGGGCCGUUGACCUGCAAAGAUUCAGAGAGUAA